AUGGUUGCAGAAAAAAGUACAACAAUACUUAUGAAGUGGGCUGAAGAUAUGGUUAAAAAAAAUAAAGAGGGGAUUCAAGGAUGGCCGGUAUCCGGUGUUGACAGUACAACAUAUAAAGUGCAUGACUUCAAAAGUGGUGACAUAGUGAAUUUGAGGGAAAAGACUUGUUCUUGCAGAUAUUGGCAACUAACUGGUUUGCCAUGUGGUCAUGUGAUAAUGGUUUUAACGCACUUGAAAAUUGAUCACUGUGGGCAUAUGGCUAUAAAUGCUUAUAAAAUCGAAACAUAUCGAAGAAUGUAUGAGCAAGCCGUAUACCCUCUUUCAGAACUUAGUGAUUGGGAGGUUCCGGAUGACCUUAUGGUUGUUAACCCUCUUAUGAUGGAAACACAUCAAGUUGGUAGACCGAAAAACACCAAUCGUAUUCCCUCUCAAGGUGAGAAACCAAAAAUAAGAAGGUGUAGUAGAUGUCAUAACACAACUCAUAAUGCAAGGACAUGUAAGGAAAUCGUUCCAAAUAACCAAAGUAAAAGUAAAAAACGUACUGAGGUGUCAUGGAUUGGGACAAAAGUGAAAGAAGAGGAACCGACGCAAGCGACCGGAAACCAAUGGCAGCAUGAGCCAGAGAACCAAUGGACGCAACAUACCGAACAAUAA